AUGCUACCCUACUUGUUCCCCGACCUGUCCUCGUUUGCCACCGUUGAGGACCUCAUCUCCCACCUUUGCGCUAGUGACGCCUCUGCUGCUGCUGCAGUCGACCUCCUUGGUGUUGAGGAGGUCGGGGCUGCGUCCACUCCUAGUGGGAAACGCCACGGCGCCAAGGGCAAGGGCGGUAGGGGUGGUGGAGGUGGCAGCGGAGGGGGCGGAGGUGGAGGUGGCGGGGGUGGUCGUGGGGGUGGAGGUGGUGGAGGGGGCAGCGGGAGCGGUGGAGAUGGCAGCGGCGGUAGUGGGGGUGGAGGGAGCGGUGGUGGCAGCGGUGGUUGGGGCUGGAGUGGAGCCGGCCAAAAGGGGGGCUCCAGUGGUGGCCAGGGGCAGCAGCAGUAG